CGAGAAAAUGCCUUCUUUUUGUUGUGUUCCUAAGUGCUCACAGAAGGGAUACAAACGCAACGGAAACCCAGUUUCAUUCUUCAACUUCCCAAAGGAUCAAGAAAUGUGUAAAAAGUGGAUAAUCGCAAUAAGAAGAGACGUAGGGAAAGACUUUAAGCUCAACGAGCGAACGAAGAUAUGCUCUCUUCAUUUCAAUAGUUUAGACCUACACAAAUCGCUAAAUGGACGUAUUUAUCCGGUAAAAGGAGCUGUCCCUUCGGUGUUUGCAUGGAGUGUCUGUAAKAAAAGUCGAAAAUCACCAAAGGCUCGAAAUCCGCUGCCUACAACCACCUGUACAACAAGUAAAAAGCUCGAUACUGAUGACAGCGAAAGCGAAUGUUCAAUUGUCGAGCAAACGGUCAAAUUCGACGAAGAAAACCCUCCAGCUCCUCCAGAACAUAACACAACUGAGGAACUGCUAGAAUUGAGGAAAUCGUUGGAGGAUUUACGAAUCCAACUUGACAAUUGUAGAAAGAGAAAUAGCGAACUUGAAAACGAAAACACUCGAUUAAAUAAAGCUUUGAAAGACUUACAGAACAUACACGAUACGAAAAUAUUCACAUUAGAACGAUUCAGUUCGGUCGACAAUGAGAUAAAUUUCUACACAGGAUUUCCUAACUAUGAAACUUACRAAGCAGUUUUGGAGUUUYUAAAUCCAGGUGUACAUGGAGARAACAUAAGGUAUUGGAAGAGAGACGUGGAAGAUGGAUUUUAUGAUGAUGAAGAAGAAGCUGACGAUGACGAAGAYUGUGAAUCAGAGAACGUAGGACUUGCCAAAAGAGGUYGCCCGAGGAAGCUUAAACCUAAUGAAGAAUUUUUCAUCGUUAUGUGUAGACUUAGAAGAGGAUUUUCAGAACGUCACUUAGCCAAUUUGUAUGGAGUAUCACAGUCACAUAUUAGCCGUUUGUUGAUUGCUUGGAUAAAUCACAUGUUUUUAAAGUGUGGAGCAGUWAACAUUUGGCCAUCACGAGCAGCAGUAGAUGAAGAUAUGCCAGAGGAUUUUAAGGCCAAAUAUCCAUCUACCCGAGUUAUUAUAGACUGCACUGAAAUACAGUGUGAAAUGCCCAGCAGCUUAUUACUCAACAGUGAGCUGUUUAGUAGUUACAAACACCGUGUGACACUAAAAGGGCUUGUAGGGAUUUCUCCAGAUGGCUCUAUAACCUUCAUUAGCCAGCUAUACACAGGCAGUAUCUCUGAUGUAGAGAUUGUUACCCGUAGUGGAUUUUUAGAUUUAGAGUUCAASCAAGGAGACUCUAUCAUGGCAGAUAAAGGGUUUACUGUGGGAAACUUGCUACCUCUUGGAGUAGAAAUCAACAUUCCUCCAUUCCUCGGCUCUGAUCAACAAAUGUCUCCUGAAGAGGUGUUAAAAACUCAGGAGAUUGCGAGUCUAAGAAUCCACAUAGAACGAGCUAUAAACAAGAUCAAGAWUUUUUUAAUAUGGAAAGGACCUGUUCCUAUUAGUAACUUUGGACUAGUUAAUCAAAUGUGGACCGUAUGUGGAUUUUUGUGCAAUUUUCAGAAUCCCAUUAUUUCAAUUUGA